AGAAAGAAGACUUCUGAGGAUGAACCACACCGAACAGAUGGUGAAACUCAACCAAUCUACAGUAACAGAAUUUGUAUUUUUGGGUCUUCCCAGUACACCUAGUCUUCAGAUCGUUCUGUUUUGUAUAUUUUUAAUAAUUUAUGUCUUAACACUUAUAUCAAAUGCCCUUAUAAUAAUAGUAGUAAUAGAGGUCCGACAACUACAUACACCUAUGUAUAGGUUUAUUUCUAGUCUCUCUGUUCUUGAGAUCUGCUAUACAACUGUAACCACACCUAAUCUAUUAUCCCUCUUCCUUGUUAACAUAAAAACAAUAUCGUUUAGAGGAUGCAUGGCACAGUUAUAUGUUUUCUUCUCACUUGGGUCGACGGAGUGUUUCCUCUUAGCUGUCAUGGCUGGGGACCGUUACCUGGCUAUUUGUUAUCCAUUACGCUAUUCUUCCUUGAUGACUACAAAUGUUAGUCUUUAUCUCAUAUUUGGAUGUUAUCUGAGUGGCUUUGUAGCUUCCAUUCUCACUGUAACAUUUAUUUCUAGUUUGCCUUUUUGUGGACCAAACAUAAUCAAUCACUUCGUCUGUGAUUAUCCUCCACUUCUUAAGCUGUCCUGUAUGGACACCAGGACUACAGAACAGAUAUUUUUCACUUUGUCCUGGAGUGUUGUAUUAUCAUGCUGCAUACUGACUAUGGCUUCCUAUGUCUGCAUCAUUACCACUAUUCCUAGGAUCCCUUCCAAAGUCCCCAGAAAAGCAUUUUCUACAUGUGCCGCGCACUUAACUGUUGUUUCUCUGUUUUACGGAACUGUAAUAUUUAUGUAUGUAAGACCCAAAGCUAAAUAUGACCUAAAUAAUGACAAACUGGUAUCUGUAUUUUAUUCAGUGAUAACACCACUGUUAAAUCCCAUGAUCUAUUCUUUACGAAACAAAGACGUUCGAAGAGCUAUACACUACUGUUUAAUGUGCCAAAAAAUUAUUAAUCAUUCUGUUCAUUGA